GACGUGACUUCCUCUUCCGUGUCCUUGCUAGCAGUUAGCUGCUCGGCUCCCCGGCUGAAGACAUGAUGAAGAAAAUGAGCAAGGAGAGCAAGCAGCGGCUGCAGCAGAUCUUCCAGUGCGGACAGUUUGUCCUGCGAUGGGGUUUCAUCCCCACAGUCCUGUACUUGGGCUUCAAACGGGGAGCAGAUCCAGGAAUGCCAGAUCCCACAGUCUUGAGUUUACUUUGGGGAUGAGGACCAUCAAUAAUCCCCUUCCGAAGACCACCAGUCCCUGCUCCAUUAGGCAGGCUUACACGUCGACCAAGUGACACCGCAGCAGCAUCUCUGUAACUACACAUUUAUUCUCUCCAAUGGAAAAUAAACACAUGACUAAAAUAUAA